GCUCAGGCGGCUUUGGAAUGUCCCUGCGGCGCGGGGCGUCCCGGGUCCCGCGUGGCUCCCCGCCCUCGCAGCCUGGGGCUGCACUCGCUGCCUGCCUGGGCGCCGCCCUCGGCGCUGGACUGCUCGGGGGCGGGCGCCUCCGCGGCGGCGCGCUCGCCUGCGGCAGAUCGAGGGCGGGGGGGCCGUCGCCCGUGCCGUCGCAGGUCCGGGCCCGAGGCAUGCCGGCCGAGCCCGCCGAGAAGCGGCGCAGGUUCUAUUUCGGCGACGUCUUCAAAGGGGGCAAGUACGCGCCCCUCCACCCCGAGCUGUUCCAGGCCUCGGCUCCCAGGGCUUGGGAGAGGUGGUUGGCGCCCGGCUUCAAGGACGUAGCUGCCGCCGUCCAGGAUGGCGACCCCCUCCGGGCGCUGCGCGAGGAGGCACCAGGCGUGUAUUCUUUCGAGCUGUUCACUCCCGAGUUCUGUGACCUGCUGCUGGAGGAGGUGGAGAACGCCCAGGCGACGGCCCGCGAGCAUCUCGAGAGGCCUAACGGCAUGAACAGGUAUGGCAUAGUUCUGAACCAGCUCGGUCUGGAGCCGCUCAUCUCUACCUUACAGCAGGAGCACUUGAGGCCGGUGCAGGAAGCCCUCUACCCUGGGCCAGGCACCAGUCCAGACGACCACCAUUGCUUCAUCGUGAGAUACAAGGCUGGCGAGGACGUCGGGCUUGACAUGCAUGAAGACGACUCUGACGUGACUGUGAACGUCUGCUUGGGGAAGGAGUUCACAGCGGCUACAUUGUCUUUCUGUGGCCAGGCGCAGGAGCAAAAUCACAGGAAAUUCACGACCACAUACAGCCACAAAAAAGGCAGGGCCGUGGUGCAUCUGGGCACGCACCGGCACGGUGCUGACAACAUCGGGAGUGGCGAGCGCGUGAAUUUCAUUCUGUGGUCCACCAGCAGCGGGUACCGUGGAUCGGAGGCGUAUAGGAAAGAUCGUACGCGUAGCACGACCGCAUCAGAGCCAGAUAAGGUCUGCCUCUCUUACACGCACGACCGCGACUACACCCAGCAUUUGCCGAGGCCAUCGCGCGAGGAGGCAGUAGCCCGCGGCGUCAUGCUCGAUGUCGUGGAGGAGCGCAGUGCGAUUAUGCAGAGACCAGUGCACGACCUCUCGAGGCCCAUCGAGGAGAUUAAUACGGUGCCCAGCGUCUGCCUCUUCCUUGAUGGCCUGCCGCCGCAGCGUCAACACGGGCUGUUCAAGGAGUUGAUGGAGCUGGCCUCGGAGGUUCACGCCGCGCUGGGCAGAAGGCCCCACGACGCUGGGCCGCCGCCGCUGCUGUUCUUCGUCGGCGUGCAGGCCACUGGGGCAACGCCGCAGGUGCGCCGCCUGUGCGGCGUCAAGCACAGCCCCGCGCUUGCGCUGCUCGAUGUCGACAAGGAGGCCGUCUAUAGACUGCCGGCAGACAGAGAGGUUGGGCCUGAGGCCCUACAGGAGUUUGUCGGCGACUACUUGAAGGGAAGCCUCCGGGCCCACAAGCUGGGCUCGGAGCAGCAGGAGGAGGACCCCGCGGCGGCGCCAGCAGCGACGGGUGACACCUGAGCGGGCUUCCCCUCUGCCCUCCCUCUUCCCAUCCACUCGCGACCAUAGCUCUCGUCGUGGAUUGGCGCGCGCUGUCGUAGGCCUGAGCAGCCAGGCGCGAGGCACAAAGGGAAGGCCGAGACGAGCGUAAAACCUCGAAGCUUGCCCAAUAUGGCAAGAUACGAUGUAUUCCGGGACACGCGAAGCUUGUACGGAAAAAUCUCAGACGCCACCCUGCUCCGAAGUUGCAGGUUCUCUGCGCACAGACCGAUCGCACCCACAAGAGGACCG